UGUGCUUUACUGCUCUGCAACUUGCGUUUCGUCUACAUCAGUCGACAGUCAGUCCGCAGUCGUUUUCGUGUCGUACUCUUCGACACUUGUACUUCAUUUUUAUUUGUCGCCAGCGUUUUCGUCGUAAAAGGUGUAGCUAUGCAACGUCCAUCUUGUCAGAUGCAACCACGUGUGGCUAGUGCCCCACAGCAAAGGGCCCCUAGGCCUCGGGGACCUAGACCUGCAGUAUCCAGCGAUAAAAGUACAGCUCUUAGGCAAGACCCAAUGGCAGGAGUGCAACAAAUAACAGCAGGAAUUAACACUUUGGGUGCAGGAGAUACACUAGUACCUAUAGGGCGUGGUGCAGUACGGGGACGAAAACAAAUCGAAGUUGAACAUUUUAGGACACUAAGAUCUAAAUCUUCAUUGGUAAAAGUUGAUAAAAAGGGAACUUCUGGGCAGCUAGUAAAAUUGUUGACAAAUUAUUUUCCAAUCACUUCAUAUACAAAUUGGUGCUUGUAUCAAUAUAGAGUUGACUUCAAUCCUGAAGAAGAUAGAAUUGGUACUAAAAGAGGGUUAUUAGGUCAGCACAGAGAACGUUUGGGAGAAUAUUUAUUUGAUGGAUCAAUGUUGUUUUCUGGAAGUCGAUAUGAUCCAUCAACUUUUGAUCUAACAUCUAUACGUCGCCAAAAUGAUCAAAAGGUUGUCAUCACAGUGAAAUUUACAAAUGUAAUAGAAACUGGGGAUUAUGCCAACAUCCAAGUCUUCAACUUACUUUUACGUAAUUGCCUUCGACAUCUGAAUCUUACAUUAAUUGGAAGAAACUUUUACGAUCCAAACGCCAAAAUCGAUAUGGCUCAACACAAGCUUCAACUUUGGCCGGGGUAUGAAACAACAAUUGGCAGAUAUGAAGAUAACAUUUUAUUAUGUGCAGAAAUAUCUACUAAAGUCAUGCGCCAGGAGACUGUAUUGGAUUUUUUAAAUCAGUGUGCUGCGGAUAGUAAUCGAAACAAUGAUUGGAUGGUAAACUUUAAAAGUGGUGUUGUGGGUACCACAGUGAUGACCAAAUAUAACAAUGAAACAUACAGAAUUGAUGAUGUAGAUGAAAAUUCUGACCCUACUUCAGAAUUCACUAAAAAAGAUGGAUCUAAAAUGACUUAUGUGCAAUAUUACAAAGAAAAAUGGAACUUAUCGAUUCGAGGUGGCAGGCAACCAAUGUUGAUUUCGAAAAAUAAAAGAUCUUUAAGAAAAUCUGGAGUUGAAGACACAUUGGUGUAUCUUGUUCCUGAACUAUGUAUUAUGACUGGUAAAACUGAUGCCAUGAGACAUAAUUUCACUCUUAUGAAAGAUAUGGCUAUACAUACCCGUGUGAAUCCCAAAGAACGCAUGGAUAGACUUAUAAAUUUUGCAAAUCGCCUUCUUAAUACACCUGAUUCAGUUACUGAAUUGAAGAGAUGGAAUCUAACAUUAAGUAAUAGACUUGUUGAACUAACUGCUCGAACUUUACCACCAGAACCGAUUAAUAGUGGUACUCUAGAAUAUGAUGGUGGCAAUGAAGCAGACUGGACAAGGCAUUUACGUAGUUUACCAAUGUUCACCUCUGCAAUUGUGAAGCAUUGGGUUAUUUUAGCUCCGAAAGACUGUUUUAGGGAAGUUAAUGCAUUUGCUCAAACUCUUUCUAAGGACGCAAUGACAUUUACACUACCUUGGCCUACCAUAGUCUCCAUGAAUGAUGGCCGAGCUAAUACAUUUUUAUCACAUAUUGAACAAGUGAUUAAUGAAACGAAUCCAGCUUUGAUUUUAUGUGUUAUUCCAUUGGCACGUGGUGAUAUUUACAGUUUGAUUAAACGUAAAUUAUGUAUUGAUAGAGCAGUACCUUCCCAAGUAGUACUUUUGAAAAAUGUGCAGAAGAACAACCUGUCAAUAUGCACUAAAAUUGCUAUCCAAAUCAAUUGCAAGCUUGGAGGUGUUCCUUGGAUAGUUAAUAUACCUAUAAAAGGGAUGAUUGUUGGUUUUGAUGUAUAUCAUGACAGUCAACGUAAAAGUACAUCGUUUGGAGCUUUAGUAGCUACCAUGAACGAUUCACAUACGAGUUAUUAUAGUUGUGUUGAAGCUCAUGAAAAUGGAGAGGAACUUUCUGUUCAUUUUGCUACAGGCAUAACUAAGUCUCUGAUGAAGUAUAAAGCUAAAAAUGGCACAUUACCUACUUCCAUUAUUGUAUAUAGGGAUGGAGUUGGAGAAGGUCAAAUACCACAUGUUCAUCAGAUUGAAGUUAGACAUUUACAGACUGCUUGUGAACAAGUGUAUGGAUCAAAAUCUGUUCCAUUCGCAUUUGUUAUAGUUACUAAGCGGAUCAGUAGUAGAUUUUUUGCGCUUAGUUCUGAAGGACCUCAAAAUCCUCGACCUGGUACAAUUAUUGAUACUGUCGUUACAGACCCAACCAAGUAUGAUUUCUUUUUAGUUUCACAAUAUGUAAGACAAGGUACUGUAACUCCUACCCAUUAUCAUGUGAUUGAAGACACUCUUGGACUUCAUCCCGAUAUAAUGCAAACACUUACAUUUCAGUUGACUCAUAUGUACUACAAUUGGUCGGGUACUGUACGGGUUCCUGCUCCAUGUCAGUUGGCUCAUAAAUUAGCGUACCUCACUGGUCAGACUCUCCGGCAUGCUCCCCACACUGGAUUGGAUGAAUCGUUAUACUUUUUAUAGUUUUGUAUACUUAAGGACUAAGGCAUUUAACUUAUUAAUUCUUUUUAUGAAUUAAUAUUUAAAUAUUUUCAUUUUAUUUAUCUUUAAUGUAUGAGUACUAGUUGUUUUUUAGCUUUUCUUAAAGCUAUUUUCCAUAUCAUUUUAAU